AUGUCUGCGUUCAAGGUAGAGCAUCUGUUAGCUCCUGAAUUAGAGUAUGAGUUGAGAGUCCGUCACUUAAAUGAUCCGUCUUUGACAACGGUGGAAAAGAAAAGGGUAGUAUUACGUGGUGCAUUGAAGCAAACUUCAUCAAAUCGGAGUUUCGCUGUUCUGUCAGCUUCCCAUCUUAAUUUUAAGGAUGAGAUUGCUGAAAUAGAGGUUACUAUUGCAGAUCUGGUGGUCAAAAUUAAUUCUUUUGUUGGUUCUUCUAGUGAUACUGCCUAUGCUCGUUAUACUUCUCUGUCUGACUGGCUCGUCAAAGGCGCCUGCACGUCGAAGGCAUCCGGGAGGGGCCAACGGGAAAAAUAAGGGGCGUGGCGAUGCGUCUCGAACGUGAACUAGUCGCGUCCGAGAACAAUUGUAAAGUGAUUCCCCAGGCACAGUCAACUCCUCAUAAUGCUAGUGUUCCAGUCAACUCGUUUCCUUUUGUUAAGUCUGCUCCUAUUCAUAAAUGGGGUGUGCAUUUUUCAGGUCAAGAUAAUGAGAACGUUGUUAGUUUCUUAGAGAAGGUAGAAUGUCUGCGUAUAGCACGUGGUAACAGUGAGGAAGAGUGUUACUCUUCUGCUGCCGAUUUAUUUAAAGAUUCAGCUUUUACUUGGUACCUCAAUAACCGAGGUAGUUUUGCUUCUUGGCAAGAGUUAGUUGCCAAACUCAGAUCAGAUUUUCUUCCAUAUAACUAUGAGGAUAAUCUCCUUGACGAAAUCAAGUCUCGUAAACAAGCUCCACAGGAGAAAGUUACAAUUUUUAUUAAUGAGAUUGUUAGUAUGUGUAAACGUCUGGAGGCUCCUCUUUCUGAACCUCAUAUUGUCAGGAUUAUCAAGAGAAAUUUGUUGCCAUCGUACCAUUCUAGUCUGGCACUUACAGAUAUUCCCUCGAUUGCUGAUCUUACUGAAAAAUGUAAGAAGCUGGAAGAAGUUUUGUCAUGGUCUUCUGACAGCGGGUCUAGAGCUCCUAUUCAUCAGAAUUUCAGAAAUAAUUACUCAUCCUAUUCUGGUAGGCCUAAUUAUUCUCGGUCUGGUAAUGUCUCUUCUUUUAAUUCGAAGCUUACCUGUUGGAAUUGUCGUCAGUCAGGACAUGGUUACUACGAAUGUUCUGAACCUAGAAUUCGGUUUUGUUAUGGAUGUGGACGUCAAGGUGUACGCAAAUUUGAAUGCCAAUUCUGUUCGGGAAACGACAGAAGGGGUGGGUUGGCCCUGGCUCCUACUCCUCGUCAAAAUACAGGGAAUACAAACACUGUCCAAACUCCUCAAAACCAAGGAACCAGUUUCUCGAGUCUGGAUGCCCAAGCUUCCACAAGCCAAACAUCUCACCCUCCACCGAAAGACAAAAGACCACAGAACGGCAAAUACCAACCGAAGAGAGGACAACGUUAG